GGCCCUGGUCCCCUGUUCAUUUUACCACGACACCCCUUUCCUAUCGAUGCUACAUUAUUUUUUUCUUUUCUUUUUUACAGAGCCAUGUUGUGUAAUUGUUGGUUAAAUUUCAAACAUUUCAGAUUCCCUUUUUUAAAUUCUCUGGUAAACUCCUAUUGGGUAAGUGGCUUGAAGUUCAUUUCCUCUUUCCCCCUGUACCCUGCCCCUUUUAAGUUUUUGAGCUUCGGGCAGCAGCAGCUGGAAGGACAUUCUCGCCUCUUCGAAAAGUCAUAUCCAUAACUCAAGACCAGAUUAAACUUGGAUUCUUAGACGCCACCAUGCUGGUCUCUGGCUGCCUGCUGGUUCGCCUGGCCAUCCUUCUCAGCGUCCUCCUGGUGCAGUCCUGCGAAGGGCAGUCUUGGGAAGCUUUUCAAAACAAGCACAUUGAUUACCCCAAAACACAAGCCCCCAACCCCAAUGCCUACUGCAACCUCAUGAUGGUGAAGAGGAAGCUGAAUCCGACUAGAUGCAAACCGAGGAAUACUUUCAUCAACCAUGCCAAGGAGUCUGUCCAAGAAGUCUGCGGCAGUGGUGGGAAGCCUUACGAAAAGAAUCUCUAUGACAGCAUCGAGAACUUCCCCAUGAUUGACUGCAACUUCACUGAUGGUAAACCUCCUAAUGACUGCAAAUACAAAGGCCUAGAGUUCUCCAGACGCAUUCGUGUGGCCUGCCAAAACAAUAUGCCCGUUCACCUGGAAAAGCUGCUGUAAUAGGCAGAAAACCACGCAAGCCACACGCUGCCCAUUGAAGCCAGAAUGCUUCUUUGGCCAUUUCUCCCUGCAACGCAUCCACAUCGUUGGCUUUCCCCAGUUUAACAGUCAUUUCCCUUUUCCAGGGGACCCUGGGAGCUGUAGCUCUAAGGGCAAUGACGCCGGGCUUCUAACUAAGCAUUCUGUUGCUUUCUCUCAAUGGCUAUUCUCUCAAUAAAGCUCAUUCUAUCAAAAGCAAAAUGUGUGUCUCUGUGCCUACAUUCUGCCUAUGAAGAGCUCAGAAGCUCUUUACGAGUGAAAGCAGGAAAUCAGAGAAACUUGUUUUCUCCCCAG